UUCCACUUCACCUCCCCAAUUCUGCUACCACUCUUAUUGUCCCCUUUGUAUUCCUGUACAGACUUCUCUUCUUACUUUUUUUUUCUCUUUCUUUUCUUUGGUCAUGAUCUGGCAUGAAGUGGCGGCGUUAGUUUCUGUUUGGACCACUCAUAGAAAUCGGUUUCUGUUAUCUGAAAGACGAAUGUUUGCAUCUACACUGGGCAACGGGAGGGUAUAUUUGGGAGUGAUUCUUUUCUUUUUUUGCUUGUGGGUUCAGCAUGGAAUGGCGCUGACUGUUUCUUUCUUCAUGGUUAUGUACACAUGUGGGAAAGCAUUAGCAUGAUAUGGGCGUUUUAUUCACUAGGUAGCUUCGCUCAGAGGACAGGGUCGGGUUAGGCUAGGCCCUUAUGAUAAGAAUUCAUUGAGAUACAAAAUAUUUUGUCUGGUU